CGUGGACCUAGUUGGCAAGCUUGGAGCUAGUUAGCGGAAACAGACCGGCCUGACACCGAAAUACAGCUAGCUAUACUAGCAAUCCUGGUUGUGAUAAAACUGUCACUGGAUUCAAAUUAGCAGGUAGCUAUGUCUAUUUUUCAACGAAUGUGUUUUGUGAUAAUACCUUUUAUCCUGUGAGUCCUUGCCUGCUGUUUAGGUCAGCCAAUUUGAUCAACCUAGCAAGCCAGGUAGCGAACGUUAACGCUAACUUAGCUAGCUAACGCAAGGCCUGCCAUUUGUGUCUGACUGUCGGUGAGGAUGAAAUUAUUAUGAUCUAAUAACGUUAGACACAUUAACUUAAUCUAGCUAGUUUGUUAUAUGCAAAUGAAAUAGUGUGUUUCAUGAUACUGAAUUUAGCUAGCCAGCUAAACUUAUAUAACUAGCUAGCUACUAGCAACAAUGUGCUAGCUAAAUUCAUAAUGCGCUGGCCGGUGGUUAGCCUAACGUUAGAUAGCUACCAGCUGGAAUUUGCAGCAAUUUAAAAUGUCUAACGUUACAAGACAUGAUUAGCUAACUGCAUUCACUUACCUAAAAGUAAAAUACAAUGUAGAUGGGUAACUAGCUAACUAGUUACACAUUAUUAGCCAAGUAGCUAACUGAGCUCAUAUGGUAGAGCAUGGCGCUUGCAACGCCAGGGUUGUGUGUUUGUUUCCCACGGGGGCCAGUAUGAAAAAUGUAUGCACUCACUAACUGUAAGUCGCUCUUGAUAAGAGCGUAUGCUAAAUGACUAAAAUGUAAAAUGAGUAAAGGUAACUAGCUAGUUAACUACCGUUAUCUAAGCAUUACAAACAUACUGUACCGGUAUGCUUCUUUACUUUCCUCAGGUUUAAAAGAAUACCAACCAUGUCUGAUGGAGAGGGUUACGUGGUGCGUGUGAGAGGCCUACCAUGGUCCUGCUCUGUGGAUGAAGUACAGAGGUUCUUCUCAGGUAAUAACUCCUUUACGAUAAAACCUGUAUAGCUUGGAACAACACCUUUAUAACCUACACCUCUGACAUCUGCGAUAACUGUGAGUCCCUCUACACACUUCUUGGCAUAUAGAUUGUAAAAUCGCCAACAAUGGCACCAGCAUCCAUUUUACCUCCACACGUGAGGGCCGACCCAGCGGAGAGGCUUUCGUUGAGCUGGAGAAUGAGGAUGACCUGAAGAUCGCUGUGAAGAAGAACAGAGAAACCAUGGGCCACAGAUAUGUUGAAGGUGUGUGUGUGUGUGUCGCUCUGUGUCUCUGUGUUUGUGUGUCACGAAGCACAUUCUCUUGUUCUAAAACCAUUGGGAGAUAUGGUUAAUAUUCUGAGUUUAGUGCCAAGGUGUCUUGUAAGCUCUUAGGUUCGUCAACAAGUUUGGUUGACGAAAAAAUUGCAGUUGAAUUUGGGCAUAUCAAAGUCUUCCUGAAGUUUCAAUGUUUCGCAGCAGGAGCAUAAUAUGUGCCUUGGGACUUCACUUUAGGCUACAGUUCUCAGCCAUUUACAUUGUGUAGCACUAUCAGUAGUGACUUAGGUCUGUAUGUGUUGACUUGUUUGUUCUCAGUGUUCAAAUCCAACAAUGUGGAAAUGGACUGGGUGAUGAAACAUUCUGGUCCAAACUGCCCAGAGACGACUGGAGACGGCCUGGUCAGGCUCCGAGGCCUCCCCUUCGGCUGCAGCAAGGAGGAGAUCGUCCAGUUCCUCUCAGGUACCAGUAGCUAGCUCCCACUGGUUGAUGAACACCCCCAUAAUAUCCUGUAGGAGUAGGUAAACCGUCCUCAGCCCUCAUCAAUGAUCCAGGAUAAUAAAACAUUUUCAGUAAUUUAGCAGACGAUCUUAUCCAGAGCGACUCACAUUAUACAGGCUAUAGUUUGUCCAGGAUUUCCCCCAUCACCUAAGUUUCUCUAUCACUGCUUUGGUCCCAACCAACACUUUUUAAAAAUGAAUUAUUCUGUACAAUAAUUUGGCCAAUCGGGCCUGACAUGCUAGUCCCCUAUGUCACUUUUCAUUGACAGUUGUCCUUUGGUGUUUUCCCCUGAACCCACUAUAUCAUAACAAAGAUGUCAUUCAUCCCAUUGGGACAAUUAUAAAAUGGAUGGGUACUAAAGGUAACACAAGUACUGCCAGAGCCACUCCUCUUCAUUCCUUCACACCUACAGUCUCUUCCUCUGCUGUAUCCUCCUCUCUCUCUCUCUCUCUCUCUCUGUCUCUCUGUCUCUCUGUCUCUCUCUCUCUCUCUCUCUCUCUCUCUCUCUCUCUCUCUCUCUGUCUCUCUCUCUCUGUCUCUCUCUCCGCUCUUUCCUAUCUCCUCUCACCCUCCUUUAUGUUCCCCCAAAUGCAGUAAAAGUAAGUAGCCUGAAUGGUCACUGAGUCUCAUUGGUUAAAAACACUCACCUGGUAUGUACAGUACAUGUCAUAAUGCAUAGUUUUCAUUAUAUCUCUCUUUUUUUAAAAAAUCUAUCUAUCAUACAAAAUAAAUAAAGCAACAAUAGAGAAAGCUAUCUUUCUGUAACUGGGCAUGUGAUUUACUGUGUCCCCCACUGGGGUUAUCUGUCCUUGGGUUGAAGGGUUGGAAAUCGUGCCAAAUGGGAUUACAUUGCCGCUGGACUUCCAGGGGAGGAGUACGGGGGAGGCCUUCGUGCAGUUUGCUUCACAGGAUAUAGCUGAAAAGGCUCUAAAGAAACACAAGGAAAGAAUAGGGCACAGGUGGGGAUGGUUGGUUGGUUGGCUGGAUAAAGUUGCUUUUCUUAUGGUGUACAACUUACAAACAUUAACCAUACGUAUCACUGACUGACACUCAACAGAACAGUUCAUUUAAGACAACACAUACUCAGGUAUUGACUGUAAAGACACAGUUACAAUAUUAGAUCAGAACACACUCAAUCAUUCAUUCACUCACAGCAGUCUUUGGGAAAAUGAAGCACAUUCUCUUGUUCUAAAACCAUUGGGAGAUAGUUCAUAUUCUGAGUUUAGUGCCGAGGUGUCUUGUAAGCUCUCAGGUUCGUCACCAAGUUUGGUUGAGAGUGCAGAGUAAACAUUGUAGUUGAAUUUGGGCAUAUCCAUUUUACACUGAUUCUUAAGAGUGAAGCUGAUUGGUUCCUGGGCACUAAACAUCAGUACAGGUAGCCAAUAGACAGACAGGAUUCUCCCAGGUGUUCUAACUCACUGAGGGCCAAUCAACACGAGGACACGGACCCCGCCCACUCACUCACAGGUAAUGCUCAGAGAGUGGGUCUCCAUGGAUAACAACAGGACAAUGACCACGACAGGGACACAAUGUAACAGGACACAGAUUGUACUGUAACAUCAAUGUUAACUGUAUCGGGUACCUGCAGGUGACCAUAAGAAAAGUGCCUGUUGUACUGUCAAGGCUUUAUUUUUUCCCUCUCAUACUACACAGUAUACUGUUACCCACUAGAUCAAGUCUCACAUAGUUCAAGACUCACCUACCUAUGGAGCAGUAGUGCCAAUGGCAGCACCUGUCCUGAAUAGCCCAACUUUAUCAGUACCCUCAAUGACAAUCAAAUACACAAAAAUGUCAGCUCAGCACCUGCAUAUUGAACACCCAACUUUAUUGGUACCCUUUACAUUUGAACAGACACAUUCAUUCAGCCUUUGGAGCUGUACAGUAGCUAGCUCUAGCCGCCACCUCCUGUGUGUGGUGCGGUCUUCAUGGUGGUGUGUGUACUGUAUGUAUCUCAGGUACAUUGAGAUCUUCAAGAGCAGCCGUGCUGAGGUGAGGACCCACUACGAACCCCAGAGGAAACCUAUGGGGAUGCAGAGACCGGGGCCCUACGACAGACCGUCUGGGGGCCGUGGGUACAACAUGAUGGGGGGCCGAGGAGGAGGCUCUUACGACAGGGCUAGACGCGGAGGCUAUGGUGGAGGUGUGUGUGUGUGUGUGUGUAAUGUCUGCACAGUGUAAGAAGAUACUGUUUGUUUUUGUUUAUCUGAAUGGAUUAAUUGGGAACCAUUAUCAGUCAAAGGGGUCAUGACUAUGGAUCAUAACAUGAUGGUCUCCUAGUCAUGCUCUUCCUAGCACUCUAUGCACAUUUCUAUCAUGAUGAGAGACGGUAUUUACAUUUACAUUUUUAGUCAUUUAGCAGACGCUCUUAUCCAGAGCGACUUACAGUUAGUGAGUGCAUACAUUAUUAUUAUUAUUUUAUUUUUUUUCAUACUGGCCCCCCUUGGGAAAUGGGUAUGGUAUGAUAUGUCUCCAUGUCCCAGACCAGUCUCUGUAACUAAGGUGUGUGUGUCUAACUUCAGGUGUGUCUGAUGGGAGGUACGGUGAUAGUAGCUCCUCCUUCCAGAGCACUACGGGUCACUGUGUUCACAUGAGGGGUCUGCCCUACAGAGCCACAGAGACCGACAUCUACAAUGUGAGUUAUAGGAUCUCUUCCUAAGAAUGGUCUGUGUGAGACAGUGACUAUAACGUCCUGCUCUCUCUCUCUCCGUAGUUCUUUUCUCCUCUGAACCCAGUGAGAGUGCAUGUAGAGAUCGGUCCUGACGGCAGAGUGACAGGAGAGGCUGACGUGGAGUUUGCUACACAUGAGGACGCCGUGGCAGCCAUGUCGAAGGACAAGGCCAACAUGCGUGAGUCUGCUCUUCUUUUUUUAAAUUAAUCUGUGUUAGAUUUUUAUUAAUUUUUUGCCGGCCACCACCAUUAUGAAAGGCACUCUAAAAACCUUCCUCCCCAUAAUCCCUCCUUCUUCCCCUCCUCCUCCCCAGCCUUCCCUCCUUAUUUUCUUACCUUAAAAUGAUUAAGUACUAACAAUCUGUCUGUCCUGCAGAGCACCGCUAUGUGGAGCUAUUCCUGAACUCUACAGCAGGGGGCAGUAAUGGCUCGUAUGGCAGUCCGAUGCAGGGGGGUAUGGGGAGCCAGUCCUCCUAUAGCAGUGGAGGGCUGAGCUCUGGAUACUCUGGAGGCUACAGCGGCCAGGGCAGCAUGGGAGGUUACAGUGAUUAUAGUGAGUAUCAGCUCUGUAAAACACAUACACCUGUUCACAUGUACCUCCACCACUGUUGACCAGCCUUGAUGUGUAUGUAUCUACGUAUGACCCAAACUAUCAAGCUUUAGCCUGUGUGAACUCCUCGGUCCUAUAGUGUGUAUCUCUCUCCUGUCAGGUAACCAGGACGGUAUGAGCAGCAGUUACUAUGGCGGCGGCGGAGGAGGCAGGAGUUCCAAUGGCCUGGGGUCAGGAUGGGGGAUGUAGUUCUUUAACCCAGCAUGUGUUUGGCUGGAAGGACUGAAUUGUAGUUCUCACCUGGUCUUUUGGAUGGGUAUUGUAGUUCUGAGCCGAUUUAUAGUGAGGGUUGGGAAAUGUUUUGUUUUAUGCUGAUUGUAUUCAUGAUUGAGGCUCCUUUGAAGUUAGGUUGGUAGAAAUUAGACUUUUUGUUUCCAUCCUCUCCUACUGUUGUUAAUGACAUGACUGCAGCAAUACAAACUGUACGGUACUGUUGGAACACAAACUAUGACCAUGGGCGGAUUGGUUGUUUCAUCAUCGUUACCAGGAAGUGUGUGUUGUUUUGGUUGUGGAGAAAUCCUGCACGGAGCCUUCACCGUACGCUGCCCUCUAACAAUACCGCUACAUGGUGUUUAACGAAGAUUCAAAACAACCAACUGUGAUUAUGACCCAGUCUGUUUCUGUUACCCACAGUAGCUCACCUUACGUUGACCUGAGCUUUUAUUUGACCAUGAAGUGACUGACUGCAGGGUUGGGGUAAAUUCGAUUUAAAUUCCAGUCAAUGCAGAAAGUAAACCAAAUUCCAAUUGUACAUUUUCAUAAUUGAAAAGCGUUGAAUGUAAUUGACCCCACCUGACUGUUAUAUCUCAGUGUAUGAACCAACACACUUCUGUAAAUAGUAUUCUAGAUGUUGCUAGUCUUUUCUCCAGUAGCUGCAAAAAUAUCUAGCCUUUCUGUCAAAGUCUGAAACAAUGUUAAAAUAAUGGUGUGUGUAGUUGACAUUUUACAUGGUGAACAAAGAGCAUGUUUGAGUUUGUUUUAUAUUGAAGUGAUUGUUAUGGGAGGGGUUGGGGGGAAUUCUCCAUGAGGGAUGGAUACUUUACUUAUUUAGUUGGCAAACAAACCUUACGUUUUUCUGUUAAAGGUUUCUUUCUACUGCCUAUGCAGAUUUUUUUUUUUUUUAAGGUGCACAAGAGUGAAUACAAUUUUAAGCUGGAUAUGUCGUUUGUCUUGUUUUAGGUGAGUAGUUUCCUAUACAGUUAAGAAGAAACACAUUCAGAUACGUUUUUAUUAAAUUAGAUAUCUAUCAAAUAUCUAGAUAGAAAACAUGCCCCAAUAAUUCGUCAGAAAAUGGCAGUUUAGUAGCACUGGUCACAAUCAAUGCACAAAAUGAUAAUUCUAUACAUUCUAAAAUAGACAU